AAAGCCCCAGUAACCAGACAUCAAUAGCAAUGAUGCAAGAGCCUCAAGAAAUGGUGGAAGAGACAGUUACUGUGGAGGAAGACCCAGGCACUCCCACUUCCCAUGUAUCUAUUGUCACUUCUGAAGAUGGAACCACAAGGAGAACUGAAACCAAGGUUACCAAAAUGGUCAAAACAGUUACCACCAGAACAGUGCGUCAGGUGCCACUUGGGCCUGAUGGCCUGCCAUCGAUGGAUGGCUCAUCUCCCAUGGGCAGCUACACAGAUUCAAUAGACAGAAGGUACAUGAAGAAUGGGGAGCGGUACAUCACGCCACAGGCAUCAUCCACGUUAACCAGAUCUUACAACAGCUACAACGAUUCUUACCCUGAAAGCCACGAAGGCCAGUAUCGCCCUUACAUCGGUCAUGAUGGUUAUGGAGAUCUGUCUGAUAACUAUGGCAGUUUGUCUCGUGGUGUCAAUUACCGUCCUCGCUACGCCUACGUGCCAGGAAACAGUUACAGGCCAGAUGACGGUAGCUUCACUUUGCCAAGCAGAAGGGAUAACUAUGGUCCUGUUGCCCAGCCUCAAGUGCCAGUGGGUAGCAACGUUGACUUGACCCGCUCCCAGCCGGAGCGCUUCCAGCCAGAGCCCUAUGGACUGGAAGAUGAUAACCGCAGCCUUGGAGCAGAUGAUGAAGGGUAUGAACUGGAUCCUGAUUACUCCACUGUGAACCGGAGGACAUCUGCAGGUGUGCCAGAGAGAGGAAGACCUCACAAAGGAAGGGGCUACGAUGACCCCAUCGAGACGGAGAUGGUUGAAGAGAGGAUACCUUACCUUCAUGGUGGCUACGCAGCACCACUAGCACAGCCAGAGAGAGGAAGCAUGGCUAGUAUUGACCGCCUGGGGAAGCGUUCCCCUUCUAUUGACAGCAUUCGUAAAGACCCCAGGUGGAGGGACCCUGACCUCCCUGAAGUAAUUGCCAUGCUCAGUCACCCUAUCGAUCCAGUCAAGUCUAACGCCGCCGCCUACUUGCAGCAUUUGUGCUAUGAGAAUGAUAAAAUCAAAAAGGAUGUGAGGCACCUUAAAGGCAUACCUAUCUUGGUGGGCCUACUUGAUCAUCCAAAGCCAGAGGUCCAUCGUAAAGCCUGUGGGGCUCUCAGAAACAUCUCCUAUGGGAAGGAUAAUGAAAACAAGGUGGCUAUAAAGAACUGUGACGGGAUCCCUGCAUUGAUCAGACUAUUGCGAAAAACAAAUGACAUGGAAGUGAGAGAGCUAAUUACAGGUACUCUGUGGAAUUUAUCCUCCUAUGAGCCCCUGAAGAUGGUCAUCAUCAACCAUGGUCUGCAGACACUUACCAAUGAAGUGAUUAUACCCCAUUCAGGUUGGGAGAGUGAGCCAAAUGAGGACUCUAAGCCUCGCGAUGCUGAGUGGACAACUGUCUUCAAGAACACUUCUGGUUGCUUACGGAAUGUAAGUUCAGAUGGAGCAGAAGCACGCAGAAGACUAAGAGAGUGUGAUGGCUUGGUGGAUGCCCUCCUUCAUGCUCUACAGUCUGCAGUUGGCAAGAAGGAUACAGACAAUAAGUCUGUGGAGAACUGUGUGUGCAUCAUGCGGAACCUUUCCUAUCAUGUCCACAAAGAGGUCCCCGGAGCUGAUAAGUACCAAGAACUAGAUGCCAGUCAGACUACAAGCACAGGAAGCUCUCAGAAGAAGAAGAAAGACGAUGCUGGUUGUUUUGGUGGAAAAAAGGCUAAAGGAAAGAAGAAUGGAGAUUUGGACAGGAAUUUUGAUACGCUUGAUUUGCCUAAGCGGACUGAAGCAGCAAAAGGCUUUGAAUUACUGUACCAGCCAGAUGUGGUCCGACUGUACCUCUCCAUCCUCACCGAAAGUCAGAACUUCAACACUCUGGAAGCUGCAGCAGGGGCUUUGCAGAAUCUCAGUGCUGGCAACUGGACAUGGUCCACGUACAUCCGUGCAACAGUGCGGAAGGAGAGAGGCUUACCAGUGCUUGUGGAGCUGCUCCAGUCCGACUCUGACAAGGUUGUGAGGGCUGUGUCAAUUGCCCUGAGAAACCUUUCCAUGGAUCGUCGCAAUAAAGAUCUUAUAGGUAGUUAUGCCAUGGGUGAGCUGGUAAGAAAUUUGCCCAGCAGGCAGCAGAGAUCUGCAAAGAAUCUGGAAGAGGACACAGUGGUUGCAGUGUUGAAUACCAUCCAUGAAAUCAUUACUGACAGCUCAGAAAAUGCAAGGUCUCUGAUCCAGACACAGGGCAUUCAGAAGCUGGUAGCUAUCAGCAAGUCAAGCCAGUCUCCCAGAGAAACAAAAGCAGCAUCUCACGUUCUUCAGAUGAUCUGGAGCUAUAAAGAGCUACGAAAUGCCCUGCAGAAGGAUGGGUGGAACAAAUCACAUUUCCAGUCUGUUUCUGCAACUCCAAAGGGUUCCAAAGGUACUGCUGGCAGGUCUGGCUAUGAUGACAGCACUUUGCCUCUGGUGGAUAAAAGUCAAGAUAACGAGAAAUCUGGGAGUCGUGAUAUGAUACCUAUGGAUGAACUUGGCCCAGAUGGGUACUCCACCAUCGAUCACCGGGACAAGGAGCGCAAAUACAAGACCAGCGAUAACACCGGGGAUGCCUCGGAGAAAGAGCCUUUAAAAAAUGACACAAAUAGGAAAAACAUUAACAGGAGUAACAGGGCUUCGGUGAAUCUGGUGGAUGCCCGUGACAUUAAACCCCAGCCUGUUGACUCCUGGGUCUAAUUUGCAUGCAUGGGCUAGAGUCCAACCACAUUUUUUUUAAUUGAGGGGGAGAAACAAACAUUGAAUCGACACAGAGGAUCUCAUCAGUCACCACUGCCAUUCGGAUUUGGGGGCGCUGCAUCACUGACCGGGCUGCAGAUUCUAGGAGGAUGUGGGGAGAAAACACAACUGACUGCCAUUGCCAACCCUGGAGCACCAUGCCUUACAGCGAGACAAUUUGCUUUUUAACUCAGUUACAUUCCCGCCACAAAUAGCCGCCACCUCCCCCGCCCUCCCACUCCUGCAAGAAAAUAGGAUCCAGGCUUCCAUCUAGCUGCUGCGUUCUUAGCUGACUCUUAUGUGUGGAUGGUGCCAAGUAUGAGAAGUGAAGGUCACACGGCAGCAAAGACGACAGCUUCACAAGUGAAAAAGAAACUGCAGAAUAUUUGAAAUAACAUCGUAGGUGUAGCUAUGAAGAUAAUAGCACUUUUCUGGUUAGGGGCUCGUUGUUUUGGUUUUUGUUUUGGGGGAUUUCUUUUGAACUGUGAAUCUAACAUUUUUAAAGGCUUUUUGAAAAAUGUUUAGGUUUUCUUUAUUAUUUCCACAGCAAGUGCAGGAACAUUGAGUGAGUUUAUUGCAUUUCAAUGAAGGGAGAAAAUGAAGAAGAAAAACUAUUAAACACUGGUCAAAUGAACUGGGGAGUGGAUGACAAAAUUGAUGCAAGCUGUAUAAUCUGCUUUUAGAGUAAGCUAUAUCAAUCACAGUGCUAUAUUAUCAUUAUAAUCUGGUGUACAAUACUUCUGCCUUUUGAAUUCUGUAAUGGCUCUGUUUUUAUUUCCACGUAUUGAAAAGCAGUUUAUUGAAGGUUUUGGUGUCCCUGGUUCAGAAAUCUAUGCUGAGAAAUGGAGUUGGCUGGCUUUUUAUUUUCUUGUUCUCAAAGGUUGCAAUAAGGAGCUUUUAUAUUUCAAAUGUACCAGUGUUGCGUUGAUGAUGAUUAACAAUUUCUUUUGCCAUAGCUGUUAAGAUAUUGAAAGAAAAUAGGAGUUUUUUCAUAGGACGUCUUAUUUUGAAUAUGCUAUAAAUUUUGGAUGGGUCUGUCGCUUACAUUUGAUGGUAAAUUUAUCACUGUUGGAUCCAUGUUUGCUUUGGGCUCUAGAUCGUGAUGAAAAAUGCCACAAAGGGAACUGGUUUGGCAUUUUUUAAAUCAUCAUCAUUUCUGUGUUCCUUUGGUUUUGUUUUCAGAUUACAUACUUCAUUUGGCGUGAAAAUCACCCUUGUGCAACGGUUCUCCUCUUAAGAUGCCAAGGCCUGCUUUGUGUAAGGGGGAAUUUUUACCUUGCAAGACCGUACUCUGCAUAUAUGGUAUCUGGUGAUGCCAUAAGCUAAAUGACUUCAGAUCACUGAUUUUCUCCAGGCAUUGGUCAAGGGAGGGCAGCAGAUAAGAAUAGGAAGCAAAUGUCUCACUAGUAGCAUCAGAGGACUUUUGCUGAUUUUAUUUGGUUGCCACUGUUCUUGGAUUGCCACGUUUAGUUUCAAACAAGCUCCUAAAAGUGAUGUGACUGGAAAGCACAUUUUUUGAAUCUAGCAACCAUCAUUUGCUGUUUUCAGUGCCUGCCAUUUCCUUUGUAAUUAAAAAGGGGAAAUAUCCAACAACCUCACCUCCCCCAGAAUAUUACUGUAAUAGUAAACAUCUAAAAUUUUUGU